GUACUAUACUCCACAUACGCGCGUAGAACGCCUCUGGCCUUCAACAACCACAGAGCGGAACCCCCGCGCGCGCACAAACACACACGCCGGCGCCGGAAACACAUGGCCACGGCGUCGUCGCACGCGAGGCGCCUGGCGGCGCGCAACGAGGUGACCACGGCCACCCCGGCGGUCGGCCCAAGCCAAACGACCUCGGGGAGGGGCCCCGCGGCCCAGUUCGACCUCUCGUCGGGGGCUGCCACCGCCGUGGUGUUCCUCUCCAUCGUGCUCUGCUUCAUCCUGCUCUGCACCUACUGCCGCUGCGCCCGCCAGCGCGCGCGCGCCGGCCGCGCCGCCGCGGGAUUCCCGACCGCCGCCUUCCUCCUCCGCCCCGCCGACGCCGCGUCCCUCCCCGUCGUGCCCUACGCCGGCGCCACGACGAAGGGGCAGGAGAGGGACUGCCCAGUCUGCCUCGAGGAAUUUGGCGACGACGACGGCGUCAAGGUCGUCCCGGCGUGCGGCCACGUCUUCCACGCCGCCUGUAUCGACCGGUGGCUCGGCGUGCGCAACUCCUGCCCCGUCUGUCGCUGCGCCGUCGUCUGCUACUGCGCCGCCGCUGGCGACGGCCGGGACGCGUCGGUGGCGGCCGGCGCCGGCGACGGAGACGACGACCAGGAGGUCGUCCUGGAGCGCGUGGUCGCGAUGAUCGAAGCGAUAAGAGAGGAGCAGGCCGCCGCGAGGCGCGCGCAGGGGAGUGCCGCCGCCGGUGGGCGAUGAGAUGACGCGUGCAUGCCUGGGUGUACAGGCAGUACAGCUACAGCUGACCUAACUGGGCAGAGCUGCAGAAUUCACUUCAGUUCACAAGUCACGUUUCAUGUUAUAACCAAGAGCAGCAUGUCAAUGACUUCCAACAUCAGAUUAUAUCAGCUGAUGCAAACAACCGCUGAAGCUGUGAGGGCGAAGGGAAUCUGGAACACCAUAACGCCUGAGAAAUGCGGCCUGCUUAACACAAUGUCUUGAUCUGGAAAGAACCGGAUGCAAACAAUGCUGCUGCUACAGGAAAAUGGCUACCUUUUUUUAAUAGGAAAGUGGCUACCUGAUUAACACUUCCCCAGGUUCCACUCCAUGAACAACAUCGCAGGUGGACUGAAUCAGCUGUUUUCUUCAAUGAUGAUGACCUUAUUGCCAGUAGUUUCAUAUUGUGCAAUAACGCCAUUUCUCUCCCCUCCUUGCUAAUAUAGAUCUCUCGUGACCGUUGUACCGUUGUCCACUAAUUUGUCGAUGACUUCGGGCCGUUAAGAUGAAUUCAUGAAAGCAAUGCCAGAUUGCUUAUGUUUGAGAGAA